GAAAGAGAGCGGCAGCUCAAAUGAUGUACUUGACGUAGGUCCACUGAACCUUCGGAUGUGCAGGUCAAGAGCAGGAUCACGCUACCCGAUGGAUCCGACCCAUUUCAAGUUUGCAGCUUACAAUGGAUAUGGUUAUCUAAAGAACUGUCAUUCGCAUGAUUGCCAGAGUUUGGCGACUAAGCAAGUUCUUGUGACUAUUCCAUCAUCAAUGCCCCAAACCAUGCCUGCUCAAAGAAGAGGAAAAGGUUUCUGUAGCUGCUUUGGCAGCAAUGAACCACCAGAAAUAACGUACCAUGUAGUCGAAAAUGGAGGAAUCAUCAACUUGCAGCCACAUCCACUUACACCCACUCAACCCAUGCCUGAUGAAGAGGAGUUAAAUUCAAAAUUUGCGGAACUAGUGGAGGAACUUGAUCUCACUGCUUCCAAAAAAGAAGUCAUGUUUAAUCUUCCAUCUGAAAAAAAGUGGCAGCUUUAUCUCAGUAAAAAAAUGGAGCAAGAUGAACCAACUACGCACUAUCCUGAUUACUACAUCGAAAAGGUGACAUCUAUGGCUAUGCUACUUUUUCCGAGGGAAGAAGAAGAAAUCAUGGCUCGUGCUAAACUUUUAGAUAAUUUGAAAACUGCAUUGCGAACGCAGCCUAACAGUUUUGUUAUGAGAUUCUUGGAACAAGAUGGAUUAUCUGGAAUACUGAAUUUCCUUCUAAGUAUGGACUAUAAUACAGCCGAAAGUCCAAUCCAUACGUCACUUAUAGGUUGUGUAAAAGCUCUGAUGAAUAAUUCUAGUGGCCGAGCGCACGUACUUGCUCAUCCAACAGCCAUAAAUACCAUUGCCCAGAGCCUUAGUACAGAGAAUAUUAAAACAAAAACUGCAGUCCUAGAAAUUUUAGGAGCUAUGUGUUUGGUUCCUGGCGGUCACAAAAAAGUUUUAGAGUCCAUGUUACAUUUUCAAAAAUUUGCUGUCGAAAGAACACGCUUUCAGACUGUUGUAAACGACUUGGACCGUAGCACUGGAAUGUAUCAUGAUGAAGUUAGUUUAAAGACUGCUAUAAUGUCCUUCAUUAAUGCCAUAAUUAAUUAUGGUCCUGGUGAAGAUCAUUUAGAAUUCCGUUUGCAUUUGCGAUAUGAGUUUCUUAUGUUAGGCAUUCAACCUGUGAUGGAAAAGCUCAGAAGCCACGAAAAUGCAACUCUUGAUCGGCACUUGGAUAUAUUUGAAAUGGUACGUAAUGAAGAUGAAAAAGAAAUGUCUCGGAAGUUCGAAUGUGUGCACAUUGAUACAAAGAGUGCCAGCAGUAUGUUGGAUGUACUUAAGAAAAAGCUGUCCCACACACCUGCCUAUCCUCAUUUCCUUUCUUUACUAUACCACUGCAUACAGCUACCACUAGACUACAGUAUAUGUCCGCAACACUGGCUUCUUUUCGAUCGCAUAGUUCAACAAAUUAUACUACAGGGAGAAAACGGUGAAAAUCCUGAUUAUUCCCCAAUUAAUAUCAAUGUGAGAGAAAUUGUACAAUUAUUAGCAACAGAAGAUGAAGUGAAAUUAGCGAAAAGCAGAGCUCAAGCUCUUGAACAAGAAAAUGUUGAGCUAACAAAUCAGCUUUCUAAAAAAGAACAAGAACUUGAGCAGCAAAUCCAAGGAAAAGAAGAUCUUCAAUCAACUCUGAACAAGAUAAAGGUUAAACUGGAAAAGGAAACCGUUGGCCAUCUGGAGGCAAAUCAAAAGAUUGCUGAACUUGAAUAUCAAAUUAAUGAACUGAAUUUAAUGCUGGAGAUGGAAAAACAACAAAGAACACAAGUAGAAAAUCUAGCCAAAGCUGGCUGUUUAUCUGAUGAUGCCAAAGCUGGAAUCCGGCCAUCAUCUAGUAUUGUGCCAUGUCCACCUCCACCUCCUCCUCCUCCACAUGCGUUGCAUCCGAAUCCUCCUCCUGCACCACCUGGACCUCCACCACCACCACCACUUCGUAUAGGCUCAUUGACAGAUAAACCGAUUAAUGCAUCUAAAACAUUAAUGAAGAACAUACCUCAGCCAUCUAAUCCCCUGAAAUCUUUCAACUGGUGUAAACUUCCAGAGAGUAAAUUGGAAGGAACUGUGUGGGAAGAACUUGAUGAUACAAAAUUGUACAAAGAUAUUGAUUUAACUGACUUUGACAAAACGUUCUCAGCCUAUCAAAAACAGCAAUGCAAUGGAUCCGUUGAAGAAGAUAUUCCAGCUGUAGUUACAAGAGCUACUAUUAAAUCAAGGGAGCUUUCUGUUAUUGAUGGUCGAAGAGCUCAAAAUUGUACUAUACUACUUUCCAAACUCAGGUUAUCAAACGAAGAUAUUUGUAAAGCGAUUCUGAGCAUGGACCACAAAGAACAGUUACCCAAAGAUAUGGUUGAGCAGCUCCUUAAGUUUAUGCCUAGUCAAGAAGAAAAAGCCUUACUGGAAGAGCACAGUAUGGAAAUAGAUAAUAUGGCAAGAGCUGAUCGUUUUCUUUUCGAAAUAAGCAAAAUUGUUCAUUAUGAACAAAGAAUUAGGACAUUAUUUUACAAAAAGAAGUUCCAAGAAAGAGUGAGUGAUGCCAAGCCAAAAAUUGAAGCAGUCCUAGAGGCAUCAAAAGAACUUCACAGGAGUAAAAGACUUAAAAGGCUAUUGGAACUCAUCCUCGCAUUUGGAAAUUACAUGAAUCGAGGGGCUAGAGGGAAUGCUUCCGGUUUCCAUCUUGCAAGUCUAAACCGUAUAGCAGAUACUAAAUCUAGUAUAAAUAGGAAUAUGACUCUGUUGCAUUAUAUUAUAGACACUUUAGAAAAAAAAUUUAAAGAUGUUCUCAAGAUUGAGGAAGAUAUUCACCAUGUUAGACAAGCUGCUAAAGUGAAUUUGAAUGAACUGACAAAGGAAAUUCAAAGUCUGAAAUCCGGCCUUCAAGAAGUGCAGAAAGAGCUCGAAUUUCACCGUUCCCAACCUCCAGAACUCACUGAUAAAUUUGUUCCGGUAAUGAAAGAAUUUAUUACAACGGCAACUUAUAGGUUUUCAGAACUAGAAGAUACUUUCCAAGAAAUGAAGCAACGAUACGAACAAGUAGUGAAACAUUUUGGAGAGGAUCCUUCACAUUUACAACCAGAUGAAUUUUUUGCUAUAUUUGAUACAUUUCUGACGUCCUUCAAUGAGGCUCGUCAAGAUAACGAAACUUUUAGACGAAAGAGAGAGGACGAGGAGAAAAGAGCAAAACAAGAAUCUGAGAGAAAAACAAAUGUUGAAAGGAGAUCAAGCAAGGAGAGUGCACAUAAAGGUUCAACUGUUAAGAACGGAAGUAUAAAUGGCUUAAGAGCAAUUAAAGCAGGUUCUGAAAAAGGAGAAUUUGAUGAUCUUAUAUCAGCUUUAAGAACUGGUGAUGUUUUCGGAGAAGACUUUACAAAAAGUCGACGAAACAGAAGAAGGGGCAGUCAGACAUUAUUUCUUCAUCAAUCAAGUGGCUCCAAUGGAGAUAUGCAAUGGAGAAGCGUGCCAAGGGAAUCCAGCAGAGAUCGUGUAAUUACUCAAAAAUUAAAGGUUUAGUAAGAUACAUUUUUUUGGGGGGGAAAGGAAAGUCUAAUACAAAAAAUAAUGAUAAAUAAAAUUGUAAAGUUUUUCUGACGUCAUAGAUAAUUAUUAAUCUUUUUUUUUUUUUUUUUUUUUUUUUCUUCAUUUGAAUAAUCUAAUUGUGGUGUAAAAUAUUUCAUGAAACGAUUUCAAUGAAAUAUAAGCCGCAUUUUAAAACAUUUCACGUUAAUAGGUGCUAUAAGUGUUUAUGUUCAUCUGCUAUCUAGUCAUUUCAUUAUUAUAUGUGCAAAAUUUAUAUAAUUAUUAAAUAUCUAAAUUUUGUACAUCUGCAUUAUUAUCCAUGCUGAAGUUUUAUCAUUAUCUUAGCCUAAACGAGACCAAACUAAAGAAAUAAAUCCAAAUCAACGCUAAAUAGGGUUUUAAAUACAUAUUCAUAAUCACAGUGCGUUUCAAAAUAUUUUUAUUCUGCAGGAGAUUAAAAAAAAUGUGCAGGAUAACAAUUUGUUGGAGCUUCCUUUUUUAAACAGAAUUUGAUUCAUUUUACCUUAUUUUACAUACAUAAUGAAGCAGCUAUUUUACUCAUCAAAAUUUGCGGUUGAUAUACUUGUGCGUUAGAGAAUAACUGAGACCAAAUAAUAAUUAUUUACCAGUGUGUAGAAUUGCAAAGUUCUAUUUUUCCCAGCUUUCAUGAUGAAAUUUAACUAUUUCGAGAUUAAUGCUACGUUAUUACCGGAAACUUCACACACACUAACUUCUAACUUUCACAGAACAAAAGUUAACUGAAUAUUAUGAAGUGACUGCUUCAUAAUGUCCCCGUAUAAAUAGCAGCUUAUUCCUUAUGUAUCCAGAAAUUAGAUCAUAUUUGUAUAAAAAUGAUAUGAAAUAUUUCACAAAUUUGUUUUGAGUGAUUUUUGUGCAAUUUAUAAUAUAAUUAUUCGUUAAAAUGAUUCCUCUGAUUUAAAGGGGUGAAAAUAAUUUUUGUCCUCACUUCUUCAAACAAAACCUUGAAAAGUUCAUUGUAAAUAUACUGAAGUCUUAUUUUUUAUUUUAUGUGCAGAAUUGGACAUUUUUAUGCUUCCACUAUAUACCAGAGGAAAAAAUUUGAAUUAGACUGGGAAUUAAAAAUUAAAUUUACAAUCUAAGAAUGAAAAAUUAUUCUAUAUAAUAAUGAAGUCUCAUCAGUCUUUAAAUCCCAUUAUUUUGUAAAAAAACUCAUGUUUAUCAAUUUGUAUUAAUUCAUUUUUAUAUACCAUAAAUCAUAAGCAUAUUUCUAAUGAAAUUUCUUUGUACGUAUAACUCAGUUUUGCAACUUCUUUUGUCAUUUUACAAGGGUGGGGGAGAUGAAUUUUUUGUAAAUUUUAUAUGAAACUUGUCAUUGUCUGUGAUCUUUUUUAAUACUGCAAUUUGAACUAAAACUUUUUCAUUACCUUUUUAUAAAUAAUUUAUACAAGUUUUCUUAACAUUGUCUAAAAGUUAUUUGGUGAUAAUUGUUUUCAGUGGUUUGUAUGUAUAAUUUAAAAUGUAGCUUUUACAAUGUGAAAUAUGUUAUGAUUUGUUAUUAUAAAUAUUAGGAAUUUAGAAUUUAUAUGAAGACAUUAUAUAUAGCCAUGUGUCACUGUUUAAGUGCAAAAAGGUCUGUUUGACUGGAAGAGCUCUUUCAAACCAAUGCAGUUUUUAAAUUGCUAGUAUAAAAAGAUUCCAGUUUUAAUUAUCCAUGAAUUACCUUUUUUUUUUAAAGUGAUAUUUCGUACAUUUUUGUCUUAACAUAUCAUGGCAUGAUAAUUUGAAUGUAGUUGUGUUUACUUUUAAAUAUACAAAAUUCAACAUUCAGAAUUUAAAAAUUUCAUACAUAAAUUUGGCUCUAUUGUAGAAUUGGGUACCCCUUCGAUUUUUAAGUGAAAAUAGAUCAAUGUGUACAGGGAUAAAGUCAAGGCAGUGUGCCGAGUUUGUGCAAUUCUUUUAUUAAGUGAAAAUAUAUUGUAUGCGUACAAGGACACCGAGUUUGUGCAAUUCUUUGACUUAUUUUGGUUUUGUGUAGCGGCCGUUUUGAAAGAGUGCCUUGUUGGUGCUGUGAUCUUGGCAUCGAAAAGGAAUCGCGAAAAAAAAAACAAGGGACACCCAAUUGUAAACUUUUACCAUAAAUUCUUUUAAAAUUACAAAUAAGUAUUCAGCAAACAUUUUAUCCAACUCUAAUCAGCAACACAUAGUAAAAAAUAUAAAGGUAUCAAGUACCUUCUUAUAAAAAUGCAGCAAUUUUUUUUCUUUUCAGUAAACAUUUAAAGAAAAGCACAAGGUUAUUAUACAACAGAAAAUAAUCCCAAAUUCCUAUGUACUUAUAAAUGAGCCACAUAAAAUUGCUCAUUAAAAGUCAGAUAUAUGUGAAAAAAAAUGCCAUUUUUAAAAUGUGGAUCCAAAUUCUGUCACAUUUAUAGGCUUCACACACACAAACACUCAUAUUCAAGUAUUAGGUGUGAUACUGCAUUAAUGUGGCAUGGUACUGAUUAAUCCAAAGAAAGCAAAGAGAAUAAAAUAUGUUACAAAUCUC